AGAGAGAUAAUACAUCAGGACUGUGAGAGGACAGAAGAGCAGAGCGAGAGAGAGAGAGAGAGAAACCAUUUCUGUUCUCUCUUUUCAAUCAGCCGCUCUUCCCUCUCUUGCUUUCUUGGGAGUUUUCUAAUUUUGUUUCACCCUGUUUUAUUUUAUUUUAUUUUUUUCUGUUUAGUCCAAGGACAACUUGAGAAAAAGAAGCACACACCCAGAGCUCAGUGAUCCGUGAAGGAGGACACAAGGCCAUGGCCUCCUGGUUCAGCUGGAAUGAGCCGUAUUACCGGAGUGCCCGGCGUGAUCCGGCUGACGUGGUCAGCGACACCCUGAUGCUGGAGUUCAGCUGGCAGCUGAAGGAGGCCGAGAGGCAUCAGAGGGACAGGGAGAACGAGUACCGGCGCAUCAAGACCGGAGUGGACUACAGCUGGCUGGCCAACACGCCUCGCUCCUGCUACAGCGUCAGCACCGGAGAGAGGCUGGGCCUGGAGGACCUCUGCUCCAAGGUCCCGCCGUCCUGCUGUGGACUGGUCAUACUCAAGUUCAGAGAGGUCAUGCAGGCCAAUGAGCCCGAGGUGCAGGAGGUGUCCGGCCUGUUCCGCUCCGUCCUCCUCGAGGCUCUGGACCACCUGAAGGAGGAGCAGGAUGCGCAGCGGCUCACCCGCCAGUGGAACAAGCGUGCCAUGAGCAUGUCCCUCGUGAACUUCAGGUCCCGCAUCAGGAUCAACCCAUUCGGGAGCACGCUGGGCCUGACCUCAGCCGUAUCCGACGGGGCGGGGCUGAGCGACCUCAAGACGGUGUCAGGGGACGUGGAGAGAGGGAUGGAGGGGGAGGGGAGAGUGUGGAGCAUGCCUGACUUCAGAUACAAAGGAGCGAGCAGCAGUAGGGUCGUUUGACGUGAGGCCUUCACGAGACAUGGUGGUUCUUCUGAUGCUGAUCUCUAGGACGUAAAUGCUGGUGUGCACCAAGGAAGAGAGGAUAAAUCCCGUCAUCCAUUUUUUGUAUGAGACCCCUCAGCAUUGAAUCUUUACAGUCAUUCCCAGAGACUGUGUCGGGACCCACAGAUAAGACCUAAAUUAGAGGCAAGAUUUUUGUUCCAGCCUUUCAGUUAAGAAACAUCCAUCUUAAUGUAUAUCAUUAAGUUGCAAUUCAUUUCUCAAACAUUUAUCUCAUGGAAAUGGCUGGUUUAUUUUGUACUAAAAAAUGUCAAAAAUUGACACAAACAUUACAGUGAUGCCUUCAUACAUUUUUUUUUUGAUUUUUUG